AUGAAUAUUAAUUCCGGUAGGAAGGGUUCCCCAAGAUGCGUCCAUCCGGAUUUGGAAAAAGACGCACAGACCAAGUUACCUACUUACCAGUUCCUGGACAGUGGCCUCGGGGACUGUGAUCUUCUCCCGUUUAGGUUUAGCGUUAUUACUGCCUUCUACCUAAGAUACGAAGUAGGUAUCAUUUACCGAGUACAACAAUGUCCAUUGUAUUUAUUUUUUUUUAAAAAAUUCGAUAUCGAUCCCAGGUUCGUCAGAGGUGGGAAAAAGGAGAAACCAGCACUCUCAGAAGUUACCUGUAUUAACGACAAUUCUGGCCAGCAUGAUGCAGAAAGCAAUGAAACGAGAGCGCAGCAAAGAUGGUUACCUGUACCUGCUGUAGCUGCGGCGAAGUAA